ACGACCCGUCCGCUCAACCCAUAAUUCCCAGCGUCGACACAACAUGGAAGAGGCCAACAGCUGCAAGAGAACAAUAUUUUGGCUGUGAAAUAACUCAAAGAAUCGAGCGCCGGGAUUACUUUGAACACUGAGAGUCGGCCGUGGUCAUGUACAACAUAUUUCAUCAAUGAACUUUGGCCUGUGGAAGACCCAAGCAUGAGUAUUAUCCAGGACAAGCUAGGCAAUGAGUUUUUGCGGAACGGUGGCAUGGACCCAAACUUCCCUCCCAGCAUGAUCAUGUUCAGCCAUUUACCUCCAGUGACCAGCUUCACGCGCCUGACUUCACAAACCUCUAUGGCGGAUCUGCCCCAGGAGAUGAUCCUAAAGAAGGAGCGUGACUCUCCUGACCAUGGUGGUGGCUUUCUCCACAGUAUGGGUAUCAAACAGGAGAAGCUCAGUGAGUUGGACUACCGCCUCCCAAUGUAUGCAACGGGAACUGGAACAGUAGGAGGAAAAAGCACUGAUAUGCUGGACAUGUCGCUUGGCAACCACCAGAAUAUGCUUUUGCAUGACCUAAGCCUUAGCAAUCAGUUCUCUGGAAGACUGGGGAAAGACCCUAAAGAAUCUGGGCCUAGAAGAGGGAGAAGAGCAAAUGGAGAAGGACCAGAGGGCAAAACCAGAAGGAAACAAGGGGACUCAGCAAAGUCACUCAUGCUGGAUGGUGAUUCUGGGCCCCUCUCUCCCAACUCUAAACCGCACAUAUGCGAGCACUGCAAUGCAGCCUUCCGCAGUUCCUAUCAUCUGCGCAGACAUGUGCUCAUUCACACAGGUGAGAGGCCUUUUAGGUGCAGUCAAUGUAAUAUGAGCUUCAUACAGAAGUAUCUGCUGCAACGCCAUGAAAAAAUCCACAGUGGGGAGAAACCAUUCAGCUGUGACCAGUGCAACAUGCGCUUUAUUCAGAAAUACCAUAUGGAGAGACACAAAAGGACACACAGUGGAGAAAAGCCAUAUAAAUGUGACACCUGCCUACAGUAUUUCUCACGGACGGAUCGAUUACUGAAGCACAAGAGAACCUGUGGAGAAGCCAUAAAGAAAGGUCUGGACCCAGGGAUGCUGGACCUUGGAGACGAGGAUAUGGGACAAGGCAGCUACCUACUCACUCAGGGAAACACCAGCGCCCCACCACGCAAGAGGGGCAAGUCCAAAAGUGGCAAUGAUGGAGGAGAGCGGCGAAGGAAGAAAGGAGCAGCUGCGGGAGGAGGAGUGCAAAUAGCACGAGGACUCGGCCCACAGGACUACACCUUGAACAUCCCCAGUGGAUCAGGGGCAUCUUCUUCAGGGGCUCUGGCUGAGACGAGCAUGGACAACCAGCAUGGACGCACACCCAAGCUUGUCUUUAAGAAAGGUGGCCACAAGGGAAUGGACAAGGGUCCGGUUUCUAUGGAGGAGGCCAACCAUGAGCAGAAGCAAGGAUCUAUGGACAUGUCUGGAGCUGGAAGUAUGGAUGGUCUCAGCCUCCUCCAAACCUCUGGUGGCCCCAAACAAGGAGGUACCAGCAGCAACUACGAUGAUGCCAUGCAGUUUUUGAAAAAAAGACGGUACCUGCAUGCUGCUAACAGCAGCGCUGCAGCUGACUUCAGCUCUGUCCACCUUCCGCAGCCGACGGUCAUCCAAGGUGGCAUAGGAGAACCUACACUAGCCUUGCUUGACACCUCACCUUUGGUAAGCGUUGACAAGCAUGACAAAUCAGGGAUCCCAGAUGAGGUGCUGCAGAGCCUGUUGGACCACUACAGCCACAAAUCCGAUGGUUCUCACCACGAUGUGACUUUUGAUCUGCAAGACUCUCACCAUGUAGAAUUGCAGCCCGCCUCUGCCACCUCUGAACUAGGCCAGGAUGAGGGAUCUCCUGGCUCUGGAGACAAGAGUGGGGUGAUGAACGAGUACUCCAAGUUCUUGCUCCAGACCUUGGAGAGAACCAGCCAUAGCAGCAGUUUCAUUUUGGGCCCGUCUGGACCCUUCCCAAGCCUCCUGUCGUCUAGCAGCAGCCCUGUUAGCACACUCUUCCCAGAAAAGAACAUCUACACCACCUCACCACUAGAUUGUGGAUUUGGACAGCCUGUUUCCUCCCCUCUUGCACCUUCCUCUUCAGCUUCCUUGAGCAAGUCCCAUUAUGGAAUGCUGGUAGGUUCUCCGUCGCCCUCCCAUGUCUCACCAUCCUCCCAGCAGGCCUUUCACCUCAGCAGUCUGGAGCCAGCUCCACACCAGCAGCUUACUCCAUCUCAAGAGCUCACUGACCAGCUGGAGAAGCAGCAUUCACCACCGUAUGCUCUCGCAACUCAGGAGCUGACCAGUGGCAGCCAGAAAGACCAGCAGACCAAGAACGGCAGCUCUUCUGUCAAUGGCAGCAACAACGGGAACGGCACCGGUGGCAGCUCAUCUAAUGGCUCUGUCUAUCCUGACCUUGCUGCCCUGGAGUCAUCUAAGGAAGUGGACAUACGUUCCACCUACCAGAUAGAGAACUUUGCCCAAGCCUUCGGCUCUCAGUUCAAGUCUGGUCGCCGAACCCCGCUAGGUUACGGCAGCGACCCGCGGGUGGGCGUCACAGAGGUCGACCACAGGAUACAGCGGACUCCCGUAUCUGAAUUCUCAGGGUAUACUAGUCUCUUAGCAGAUGUCAAUGAGCCGGCUAGCUCAGGAUCCAAAACCCCCACAAGCCAAAGCUACAGGUAAAGGUUAAGGGAGCUCACCUGACCCUGUUAUGUGGGAUGAGGACUGUCUCUAAUGCGUCCCUCUCCUCGCUGAGUAAAACUUUAAUUAUUACACUGCCAUUAAAUGUCAAUAGAAGACGUUACCAGGGAAGGUCUACAAGACCUCAAAUGCAAUUUUUCACUUUUUUAUUUUUUAUUUUAUGUGUUUUAGCCAUUUUGUUUUAUUAGCGUAGUGGAUGUAAGGCUAGAUUUAAAUAUUUCCAGCGAUAUUAGAGGCUAGCGAAGGACUUCUUUCAGAAACCUUGUAUGUCUUAGCAAUCAUAGUCUAAUUGUAAGAUUAAGUUAAUAAUGGAAGAUGAUUUUACAAUAAUAACAGAUGUCAGGGAGUGGCCCAGUAUUCAAUGGCAAAAAAAUGUAUUGUCUGUUACAAUGAUCUAAAGUAUUACUCAGGAAAAAGCAGUAACUUUUUUUAAACAAGGUGCACUAGCGCCCUUUUUUUACAGGUGUACGUUUGAAAUGACAGUGAAGCUUUUUGUUUUUGAAAUUCUUUGAAGAAAAAGACAGCCAAUCGGGAAACUGCAUGUUCAGUGGAAUGACACUGGUGGCUCUUUCCACUUGUGCAUUUGUAAAGUUUAUGGUACUUCUGAUAUCAAUGUGAAAACACUUUCAUCCCUAAGGGCCAUGUUUAAAAACACACAAAAAACAUACUGGUAGGCAGAUACAAACAUUCUAGCGUAUGUAGAUAUUUAUUUGUAGCUACAUGGAACUUGCAUAACUAUUGUCUCAGGGUGAGCAGUAAUUCUUAUCCCCUUCUUUAAACUUUACUCUUUGUCAGCUGACAUCACUUUGAUCUCUCAAGGAAUCAAAUAAGCACUUUUAUAAACCACUGAAAGCAAGAAUUCAGAUUCAGGACACAUAAAACUAUUAUUUUUGAUGAAGAAAGCUGUGAUUUUUAAAAGUAGGGGAGGGAACGGCAGAUUUGCCAUAACAAAGGGCAUUUUUGAAUAUUCAUUGGGGUUAUAGGUGAUAUUUUGUUCCUUUAAUUGAAAACACUGUUAUUGGACAUGAAUGCCACUUUUUUUCUUUUUUUUUUUUUUUUCUUUUUUUUUUACAGUUGUGGGCUACUUUGAAGCAUUUUUUGUGCUGAAGGUGUUCAGGUAUCAUGACUAUUUGACUUGGGCUGAGCAGCAACAUUUGGAGUUCUACCUCUUAUAGUGUGGUUUUGAAUUUAAUGCCUGACAAAAUUGCAAGCUUCCCUUUUAAAUGGUUGGAGGGAGAAGAACCCAAUGAAUUGGAAGGACCUAAACCUGUGGUGUUUUUGUUUUUAAAUGAGCAGUGAAUUAGGAAAAGACUUCAUGUUGAGACGAGGUGUUUUCUUCCCAAUGCAAUUUUUGAUGUCCUUGGUAAGAGUGGUGGGCUGCGUUGUCUUCCUGUUUUUUGGCCCAUGCAGCAAGACUAUGUCCCGCGUGAGGCCUUUUGGUGGUCUUGCCGUUUUUUUCCCCCCUGCCUUUUACUUAAACCUGUCCCAGAGAAAUGCCAUCGGUGUGAUGGUAUCAAGAACAAAGUCUGAAUGCUGCACUCCAAACUCGUUCCAUGCUUUUAUAGAUUGAAAUGAAAAAAAUACGGAAAAGAGUGGCGUGAAGAAUAGGAUUGACCUUAAUAUACCUCAUAUCAUUGUAAAAAUGAGAAACCAGGGACAUGUUUCAUGUAGUGGAAAUAUUGUAGUAUGCGUCAACUUCUUGUAUAAUCAUUUAAUGCCACCUGUGUUUACAGUUAAAGUUGAUUUCUUGGAAUACAAAUGUACUAUUUUAUUUCCUUUCUGUUAAGCGGUGAUGCCAAGCAGUGUUUCAUUGUAGAAUAAUCCCUAGAAUUUCAUGAAAUGUCUCGUUUCCCCCUUGUUUUUGUUACUUGCUAUGUGUUUUGAUAUGAUUUCUAGAGAGACUUUGUUUACAAUAAUGUACAAAAACACUAAAAAUGUUUUUGUUUUCUUUUUGUUUCUGAUAUGCAUGAUAUGAAGUUGUUUUUAUGGCUUUCUUCUGAUCACUAUUGCACCAAAUGUUUGUAGCAUAUAUGUCCCCGACUUCAGUCUCAUUUGUCACAGGGCUGUACAUGUCAGAUGACUUUAUAAAUGAUUAGGUAAGCCAAUAAAAACGUUUUGUUAUAAAACAAA